GGUGCGGAGGGACAGGAGGAUGUGCGGCUGGCCGCUGCUAGUGCUGUGGGCACUGCUCCCCGCGACGGCAGCGGGGAGCUCCGGCCGCUCGUACCCGCACCGCGUGGUCCUCGACCCCGAAGGCAAGUACUGGCUGCUCUGGGGCCGGCAGGGCGAGCGGCUGGCCUUCCGCCUGGAGGUGCGCACAAACGGCUACGUGGGCUUCGGCUUCUCGCCCACGGGGACCAUGGCCGCGGCAGACAUCGUGGUGGGCGGCGUGGCCCGCGGACGGCCCUACCUCCAGGACUAUUUCACAAAUGCAAACAAAGAAUUGGAAAAAGACAUCCAGCAAGAUUACCACUUAGAUUAUGCCAUGGAGAACAGCACACACACGGUGAUUGAGUUUAGCAGAGAACUGCACACGUGUGAUGUCAAUGAUAAGAGUCUCACGGAUAGCACAGUGAGAGUCAUCUGGGCCUACCACCAAGACGAUCCUGGAGAAUCUGGUCCCAAGUACCAUGACUCAAAUAGGGGCACAAAGAGUCUACGGUUACUGAAUCCUGAGAAAGCCAAUGUGUUAUCUACAGUCUUACCAUACUUUGAUCUGGUAAAUCAAGACGUCCCCAUUCCAAACAAAGGCACAACAUACUGGUGCCAAAUGUUUAAGAUCCCUUCAUUCCAAGAAAAGCAUCACGUGAUAAAGGUGGAACCAAUAAUAGAGAGAGGCCAUGAGAGCCUGGUCCAUCACAUCCUGCUCUAUCAAUGCAACAGCAACUUUAACGAUAGCGUUCUGGACGUCGGCCAUGAGUGCUACCACCCGAAUAUGCCCGAUGCCUUCCUCACCUGUGAAACUGUGAUUUUUGCCUGGGGCAUCGGUGGAGAGGGCUUUACCUAUCCACCUCAUGUCGGAUUGUCCCUCGGCAUGCCACUGGAUCCUCGUUAUGUGCUUUUAGAAGUCCAUUACGAUAAUCCCGCACGGAAGAAAGGCUUAAUCGACAGUUCUGGCCUGAGGUUUUUCCAUACCACGGAUGUAAGGAGAUACGAUGCAGGAGUGAUUGAGGCUGGCCUCUGGGUGAGCCUCUUCCACACAAUCCCUCCAGGGAUGCCCGAGUUCCAUUCCGAGGGUCACUGCACUCUGGAGUGCCUAGAGGAGGCCCUGGGAACUGAGAAACCAAGUGGUAUCCACGUGUUUGCAGUUCUUCUCCACGCUCACCUGGCGGGCAAAGGCAUCAGGCUGCGCCAUUUUCGCAAGGGAGAGGAAAUGCAGUUGCUGGCUUACGACGACGAUUAUGACUUCAAUUUCCAAGAAUUCCAGUAUCUGAUGGAAGAACAAACGAUCUUACCUGGUGACAACCUGAUCACUGAAUGCCGGUAUAACACAAAGGACCGAGCUGCGAUGACUUGGGGAGGACUCAGCACCAGGAAUGAAAUGUGUCUCUCGUACCUUCUUUAUUAUCCGAGAAUUAACCUGACCCGGUGCGCCAGCAUCCCAGACAUCAUGGAACAGCUGCAGUUCAUAGGCGUGAAGGAGAUCUACAGGCCAGUCACGACGUGGCCUUUCAUUAUCAAAAGCCCUAAGCAGUACAGAAACCUCUCGUUCAUGGACGCCAUGAACAAGUUCAAAUGGACCAAGAAAGAAGGGCUAUCCUUCAAUAACCUCGUCCUUAGCCUGCCCGUGAACGUGAGAUGUUCCAAGACAGACAACGCAGAGUGGUCGAUUCAAGGGAUGACAGCAUUACCUCCCGCCAUCAAAAGGCCUUAUAAAGCAGAACCUCGGGUGUGCGGGACAUCAGCGUCCUCGCCUCUGCACGGCGAGGUUUCCUCUCUCCGCUGGCUCGCGGGCUCUCUGCUUCUUGGAAGUGUGCUGAUCACCCAGGUCUGGUGACUUGUGUACGUGCUCACACUAGAGGCUGGAAUAUGAGACUGUCCUUUAAAAUCAGGGUAAAGACUGUUCAUGUUACGCCUGAAGAGAUGGGUGCGUGCCGAGAGCCUGGACACUUAAAUAGUCCCCCACGCGCACGCGCUCCUUCAGUUUCCCUUCCCAGGCUACCUGAGCUGAGUCACUGUGCUUCUCCGGGUUUCCUCAUGACAGUCGAUGUUCUUCUGUGCAUAUGAUUAGCAGAAUAAAAUGAACCUGAUUUAACUACUUUGCAAGUCAGCACAUCAAGUGGAAAGCAAUGUGUCUUUAAUUUUUCAGCACUCCAUAUGAUUUCAACUCAUUGUUCAAUCUGACGCUCGUCCUUCUCAUAAACGCGUUUAAGGUGACAUUAGAGGGAUUGCUCCCCCGCUCCUGUUUGCUUGCCUUCCUUCCUUUCUGGGUGUAACUUGCCAGGGCGAGCACAGCCCUCUCUUCAACAGGUCCCGAGUCUUCUCCCACAUAACUCACCGUCCUCCGACCUCAGUGUUUGUCUCUGCAUCUUCGGUUCCCUAGGUCUAUCGGCUGAGUCUUUUGAUGCCCAAGCCCACAUCCAAGUCUUUCCCAGUCUCUCUAGCACUGCCCAGCUGAAAUUUGUUCUUAAACUCUGAAACUCUCUUAAAAGAAAGAUAUUUGAAUAAGAAGGGAGAUGGUGGCCGCUGGUGGUUAACUGAGAAAAAAACAGAGAGCUGCGAAACCUCUUGCUGUGAAGGGUUCUAGAUGGGGUGAGAUUCCAAAGAAGGGUGGACCCCGUGGGCGUGCAGGAGGCAAGGCCAUGGGCUCUGUAAGGUUCCUCACUGCUCAGCCAGGGACCCUCUGGGUGGAUCUGAGUCACAUUUCCUAUGACAGAUUUAUUUUUAUAUUAGUUAAUAAACUGACUUCCAAUAUGAAAUUACCACCCACUGGAGAUCUUAUUCUUUUGGUUCUCUUUAUUAUCUGCCUAAAUCUUGUUUUCUGUCCUGUCUUCAUUCAUUAAGCUGAAUGUUUGGAUUAUAUGAAUACGCCUAAUGGAAUUAAAGGUUUUGUACAGUAUCUUAUGUGACUCAUGAGAGAAUCAAGUUAUUGUGUCCUGAUGUCAAUAAAAAUCAGCCGAGAAACUGUAUUUUUCCACUUUAAGCCCUUUCUGUCUUACAAACAAAAACUAUAUUGUCAUUUAAAUAAAUAUUAUGCUUUAGAGUCUUUA